UGACAUAGAGGGAAGAACGCCUUUAUACUGGGCAUCUCAAAAUGGAUUCCAUGACAUUGCUGAAUAUCUUAUUAGUAAACAAGCAAGUGUUGAUCAGUGUGACACGAAAGAAAAGACUCCUCUAUAUUGUGCAUCGAAACGACGAUAUUUUAGUAUUGCCGAACUCAUGCUGAAUAAAGGUGCUGACGUAAACAAAGCAACACACCAUAACAAAACGCCGCUAUUUAGAGCAGCGAAGAGGGGAUAUUUUGAAAUUUGCAAAAUGUUAAUAGAGAAAGGAGCAAAUGUGAAUAAGACCGAUAGGGAAGGGAGUGCGCCUUUAUAUUGGGCAGCUAAAAGGGGGCAUAUUGAUAUCGUAAAUUUAUUAUUAGAAAAAGAAGCAUCGACAAACAACAAAAAUGAUAAAGGGAAAACAGCUUUGCAUUGUGUAGCACAAUCAGGUAGGGUUGACAUAGCAAAGAGUCUAAUAAAAAAAGGGGCCGAUGUGCAUACAGAAGAUCUCCGCAAACGAAGUCCUUUAUACUGCGCUUCUAAGCGUGGUCAUGUUUCAAUGGUAAAAUUUCUUAUCGAGUGUGGUUCAGAUUGCAAUAAAAGAACAAUAACAUCAAAAUCAGCGGUAUUGUGCGCAUCUAAGAGAAGUCAUAAACAUGUACUUCAAGCACUUUUGAGUAAAGAAGCAGGCGUAAAUCUUGCUGAUGACAAUGGUGCAUCACCUCUUCAUUUUGCUGCACAACGUGGUCAUCUAGAAAUAGUCCAAAUCCUUCUUGACGCUGGAGCAGACGUAAACUGCUCCUGUAAAAAAAAAGAAACUGCUUUGUUUCGGGCAUCGCAAUCUGGUGAAUAUUCAAUUGUUAAAAAUCUAUUAGAUUACGAAGCAAAUGUUGAUCAAACAGACGAGAGUGGUAAUACAGCGCUAAUUUGUGCUGCCAAGGGUGGUUAUUUGAAAAUUGUAAAAUUACUGGUUGAAAAAAGAGCAGAUGUUAAUAUUAAAAACACAGAUCAUCAAACACCAUUGAUUUUUGCAUCCAAAGGAAAUCAUUUGGAAGUUGUUGAAUAUCUUAUUAAACAAAAAGCUGAUGUCAAUGUCCAAGACAGAUAUAGUCAAACAGCACUUCUCUGGGCAACUGAAAAAGGAUAUUUUGAUUUAGUGAAAAUGCUAUGUGAAAAUAGAUGCAACGUCAACGAUUCUAAUGAUACAGGACAAACGCCAAUUUUUCUCGCCGCUAAAUUCGGUCACAUUGAAAUCGUGAAGUAUUUAUUAGAAAGGGGAGCUGACAAACGCAUAAUUGACAAAUAUCAAAAUUGUCCACGUGUAAUUGCUCAUAAAAUGGGUUACAUGGAUAUUUAUGAUAUUUUAAUAUAACAGCACAGUCAGCACUAAUUUUCUUGGUACGUGUAUAUACAAGAUUUACGUGACAUGAAUAUGAUGAUAUUUGUGGCUAUAUGAGUAUUAUCAUGAUUCCUCAAUGUUGUAAUAUUAAUGUGCAAUUGUUGCCUUAAUGAAGUUAUCAAUGAGAUAGGUAACAUUAAUAUCAUGAUAUUUAUACAAAUGUAUGUCAAACAGACAGAUCAUACUCAGCUUGUUGUUUUAUAUAGUUAUUUUAUGCAUAUCUUUUCCUAUGCAAUUUUCAUAUGUAUGAAGUUAUCAAUGAGAUAGGUAACAUUAAUAUCAUGAUAUUUAUACAAAUGUAUGUCAAACAGACAGAUCAUACUCAGCUUGUUAUUUUAUAUAGUUAUUUUAUGCAUAUCUUUUCCUAUGCAAUUUUCAUGAUAUCUUAAUGAAAUGCAAUGAUAUUUGUGUGCUAUGCUAUGAAAGUUGAAAUGAAAGGCUUAUGAUAUACUAAGCCAUGAGAUUUGAACAAAAAUACAUUCGCAUACAGAAGAGUUCUACACAUCUCAAAACUAAAUAAUAAAAGUAAUCCCAAUGUAUACAUGUACCACUAAUACUCAAUGUAAACCUUUAUUCUUUGAAAUAAAAUAAUUCAAAAACGAGUUGUAUACGAUGCUACGGUAUGCUAUAGUAUGCUUUGGAAUGCUAUAACGAAAGAGAAUCUAAUGAAAUACUAUGAAAUACAUUUACUGUGGUAUGAGAUUUCAGUGCUAUCGAAUGAGAUUUAAACGCUAUGCAAUGGUGACUGUAUGA